AUGAAUCAAGUAAUGCACUUUAAAAGAAGAACACAUUAUGUAUCAAUUAGCUAUUCAGACGAGUUGCUCAAGACCAUCGAAAGAAUACUAGAAUUCUUUGAAUAUUACUUAUCAUUUAUUCCUUUGGUUUGUGGUUUGCAAGAACAUCACACCAUUGAAUAUCAAAUACAUGUUAUUCGUGAUUAUAUUACAAUCAUCCCAUAUAUCUACAAUCCUUUUAAUUAA